CCCAAAUCGCCUCUCCUCCACCCUCUUACAGAAAACCUAUUUGGUAUCAUCAAGCUACAAAAAUCUAGCCUUUUGGUUUCAUCACACUCUCCAAGCCCUUGUAUUUUGUGCUUAGUUAACUAACUUUACUUGUUUAUAUGUAUAUAUAUAUAUACUUAAUUAUACGGUGUAUAUAACCCAGGCAUCCCUUCAGAAAUACAUAGAAUAGGGUUUCUUUGAUCUUUAGGACAGAAACCCACUUUUUUGGUGUUAUGGAUAUCAACCGCCUUAAGUUCACAAACCCCAUUUUGGAACUUGGCACGGUCAUGGAUCAUCCCCACAACUUCCACGAUCAACUUCCUUUUGAUCCUCCGAUUUGGCCAAACUACCCUCUCCAAACCCAUCAAGUUUCCGCUUCAUCUUCGAACCAGGUACCCGCCUCCGGUACUGUCUUUGCCGACCAAGUUGAAAACCUUCAUCGUAUGAUCGAACAAGAAGAAGAAGAGGAGGAGCCGGAAGAAGAGCUGGGAGCGAUGAAGGAGAUGAUGUACAAGAUCGCCGCGAUGCAGCCAGUGGACAUAGAUCCGGCCUCAAUUCGCAAGCCGAAGAGGCAAAACAUAAGAAUCAGCGACGAUCCACAGAGCGUCGCCGCGAGGCACCGCCGCGAGAGGAUCAGCGAAAAGAUUAGGAUUCUGCAAAGACUUGUCCCCGGAGGAACCAAGAUGGACACCGCAUCCAUGUUAGAGGAAGCCAUCCGCUAUGUGAAGUUCUUAAAACGGCAUAUUCGUCAAUUACAAUCGAUCCACCACCCACCAUGCACUGAUCUUGGUCAUGUCGCCACCACGGCCACGGGGUGGCCUGUGAUCCCCGGAGAGUAUGGCUUCGGAGGCGUGGGCAACGGCAAGGGAGAUCCUACGAGCAUGAAACAUGAGGUAAUUAGAGACUAAUAAUGAAGUGGGUUGUUUUAAUUAUGUGUUUAUUGGAAUAACAAUGGAUAUGGAUGUAGUAUGCAUAGUUGUUUGGUGGCAAGGUUUAGUGACAAAUUUGUAUUAGGGGUUCAAUUAUUAUUUUAUAAUCAGGGCCGCGUGAAGCAAUGGUUUGUUA